CUGAGGCUCCAACCGCAGUGCUGGCAUGGCUGGAAAGGGAAUUUGGUUGGAAGAAAGGUGGGGAUCACUCCCAUAAACCUGAGAUGCCGGAGGCAAUGGGAAUCUGUUCCUCCCUGCAGCCAUGCGGGGUGCAGGGACAGAGUCCUCUCUCCCUCCCCUCUCCCCCCCCUCACCCCAUGGCUGCCACGGUGUCCAUACAAAGCCGGGUUUCAGAGAAGCCCACCUACCUGAUGGUUACCAGAGUCAUGUGGCUGCAGCACUUAAUUAAUUAAGAAGCUGAUAUAAACUCCAGUAAGCAUAUGGGGAGGAUGACAUCGAGGCAGAGAGCGGCAGCAGCGCUCCCAGCAAGCUUGGAGAAGCAGCGAGCAGCAAGCCCCUCUCUGCUUGGAGAGGCUGUCCCCCAGGACCAUGCUGAACGUGCUGCUGCUGUGCUGCGGGCUGCUGCAGGGGGCUGUCCUCGGUGCCGACAUGGGCUGUGGGCUGCCAGAGAAGGCGAGCGGAGGGCUGGAGGGCACAGACAGAGCCCGAUCCUCCAGCCUGCUGCGGAGAGUCAAGGAGGUGUCUGCAGAACCGGCGGGAGCUCUCCCCAGACUGGGGCUUGAGCAGAUGACCCUGGAUGUCCAAGAAGCCAAUGGUAACCUCAUGCACAGAGACAGCAUCCUAGAACCGCAGGCAUCCUCCACAGAAGUAGAAGCUGCCGGCCGUGAGGAGCGCUCCCCCCGCCGCUGUGUCCGCCUCCUGGAGUCGUGCCUGGGCCACCAGGUCCCCUGCUGCGACCCCUGUGCCACCUGCUACUGCCGCUUCUUCAAUGCCUUCUGCUACUGCAGGAAAAUCAGCACCAGCUUCCCCUGCGGCAAGAACUAGUGCUUGUGCUGCGGGGCUGCCUGUCCCUUGCCCGUGUGUGGCAUGUCCUGCUCUGCAGGUCUAAUAAACCAGCUGUUAGCAAAAGCUAUUGCUGAGUGGGAUUGGUUCAAUGUGUCUG